GAUAAUCGUCGACGCGUUAACGGUUGAUACGUAUAACGUACGUAACGGCGAGACUAAAAACAGGGGAUGAAACGGCGUGAAAUAAAACUACCCGCGCCUAUCGAUCGCAUUCGCCGCAGUACGCGGAGUAUUGAUCGACGACGGAAGGAGGAGCUUCGGAUACGUGCUUCCUGCAGCGUUAGCAGUAGCGACGGCGACGGCGUCGCGUUCCAUUCGUAACCAGACUUUGCCACGAAUGUCCGCAACCGCUAUCUGACAAAGGUAUGCUAAUUGUUAGUCCGCGAUGCCUAAAAAGAAGCCAACGCCGGUCGAAGACCUCAUCAUUCCGCCCCAAGACCAAAGGAUCUGCGGAACCAUUUGCUUAUGUCAGAUGACUUUAGUAUUGAGCAGCGUGGCUAUCGUGUAUCUGACGGUGGCGAUUUACGUGCCGUCAACUAGGGCGAUACAAUCGGGUAUAUCGGAAGAUCCGGUGAUGUGCACCACCACCCGAGCGGUGACGGUCGAGACGUGCGAUUGGGGCUCGUGCGGCGAAUGGUGUCUCAGCAAAACGUCCGGCUCUUGCAUGCAGAUCUACGUGAAUCUGAGGCACAACGGCUCGAAUUUGCUGCUCGCCAAUUGCACGAACGUGGCUCAGAAAUUCUGUUACGGCAAAGAUCAGGAAAACGCGAAGAAGAACCGAUGCAUCGCGGACGAAUGCAAGAAUCUAACGGGGACCUUUAAUUGCACCAUGGGGAUGUGCAUCGAUAUAACGGACUCAUUCGAGUGCGUUUACAAGGAUACGGAUCCGCCGUUGAAAUGUUCAGGCCGUAGGGGUAAAAUCACGUGCAUCGACUUGAACGGAUUGUACAGUUGCAAUCGCGGCACUUGCGAAAGGAUCCGGACGCCUUAUAAUUGCGACAGACAAUGCGGCGACAUACCGACUCGCAACAAGAACGUAAUCAUGUUGAGCGGCGACGAAGUCUAUCUGUCGCAAUGUCAACGUUGCAUAGACUUAGCGACCGGUGAGGAGGUGUGGAACGAAUCGCAAGAGAAUAUCGUGAUGGCAUCGUGUUACACCGUCGUCAAUACUAGCCGAGGUUUAGAAGCGAUCGAUUGUAUCAACGGUUCACUAUUAGCGAACAACAUACUAAGCGAUGUGGCAAAUUUCACUUAUUUAAGCUACUUGAGCGUUUUCAACACGAUCCUGCUAGACGAAAGACGUAUCGUCGCACCACCGGAACCCGAUUUGCUGAUAGCGAACGAGAGCAAGCUGCUGAUCAACCUGGAGGGAUGCGUGAACACGCUGAGAGACGAAUGCAAAGAGUUUUUGAAAGUAUAUGGGAAAGACGGCACGGACCACAACGCGAGGGCACGAUUCCCCUGUUUUUAUUCCGCCGAUAAUCCCGCCGUGGUCGUGGCACGUUUUAAUUUAGCCACGACCACCAAGCAAUUUAUAAUCGCGUCUUUGCUACCGACCAUACUAUUUAUCGUCUCGUGUUUAACGCUGAUAUUUUGUCAACGCACCGUUGUUGUCGGGGAUGAUGCGAAGAUGCGGUUUCAGGGUUGCGUCAAAGCGGAAGCGGAAUCUGCAGUGGAAAAGUCCGCUUCGAGUAACAAUAUUAACGACCGCGGCGGUGGAAAUUCGAUAAUGGCACUUUGA